AUGUUGACGAGUACUCGUGGCCAGUACAAAGGAAUCAUGAAGACGAUGCGUUCUUGCAUUGUCCUCUGCCUGAUAAUAGGCUUUAGCGAUGCAUCAGUGAGAAUCCGUCGGGGUUACGGCGGAGGCGGGGGUGGGGGCGGCGGUGGAUUUGGAUAUGGAGGAGGAGGAGGAGGUGGUGGUGGACUUGGCUUUGGCGGUGGAGCUGGCGGAGGCUUUGGCCUUGAAGGUAUUCGUGACGGAGUCAGUGGCAUCAUCGGCAAAUUCACUGGCGGUCUGAGUAGCUUAGGAAACUCUGCUGGCGGAUAUAGCGGCAGUAUCGGGGGGGGAAGUGAAAAAACAAUUUAUACAAAAUCUGAAGAUGGAAAAUCUGGAGGUUUUGCCUUCACAGGAACAGUUGAUGGUGGCAAAGGAGGGUAUGGGGGUGGAGGUGGAUAUAGUGGAAGUGGAAGUGGAAACGGAGGUGGAGGUGGAGCUGGAUUCGGCGGAGGUUAUGGCGGUGGUGUUGGAGGAGGUGGUGGCCUUGGAGGAGGUGGUGGCCUUGGAGGAGGUAGCGGCCUCGGAGGAGGCUAUGGAGGUCAUGGUGGAAGCGGAGGCGGUAGUCACUCCGGUGGCGGUGGAUUCGGUGGCAAAGGUAGCGGUGAGGCCAACAGUGGUCUGAACAUCGUAUUUGUCGGUAGUGGAAGUGAAGAAAGUGAUUUUAGCUCCAGUGGUUCUGGAGGAGCAGGUGCAAGUGGUGGUCAUGGAGGUGGUAUCGGGGGCGGCAGUGGUGGUGGAUACGGAGGUGGCUACGGGGGUGGUAAUGCCGGAACCGGAUUAAUUCACGGGGGUAGUUCUGGUGGAUUAUCCUUUGUCGGAAGUGGAAGCAGCGGUCUCCAUGGAUCAGGCAUUGGCGGUGGAAGCGGUGGUGGUUACGGGGGAGGAAAAGGACAUGGAAGUAGUUCUGGUGGCGGAAAUGGAGGGCUUUUAAUUGGAUUUGGAGGUGGCGGGGGACUUGGAGCCAGUGGUAGCGGUAAUACCGGAGGUAGUCUCCACGGAAGUAGCCAAGGACAUGGAGGAGGGAUUGGCGGUGGCAGUGGCGGUGGAUUUGGAGGUGGUUACGGGGUAGGAGGUGGACAUGGAAGUAGUUCUGGUGGUGGAAAUUUUGGAGUUGCUGGAACUGGCAAUAGUGGAUUUGAAGUUAGUGAAAGUCACAGCGGGAGCAGCCAUGGUCACGGCGUCCGUGGUAGCUAUGGAGGAGGUAUUGGUGGAGGAAGCGGCGGUGGCUAUGGUGGGGGUAGUGGUUUUGGAGGAGGCAGUGGCAGUGCUGGUGGGUAUGGAAGCACUUCCGGACAUGGUAGUGCAGGUGGAGAAUUAGGAGGAUCAAGCGGCCUGUUAAUCGCAUUUGGCGGAUCUGGAUUGGGUGGUCUUGGCGGUAGUGCCGGAAAGGGAGGCGGAGUUGGUGGUGGAUAUGGAGGAGGGUAUGGCGGAGGCUUUGGUGGGGGCCAUGGAGGUGGCAUUGGAGGAAGCGGUAGUCACGGAGGAAGUGGAUUGAUAGCUGGUGGAUUGGAAUUCGCAGGCGGCAACGGUGGUAGCGGAGGUGCAUAUGGCGGCUCAUUAGGUGGAGGUUCUGGGGGAUUAGGAGCCUAUGGUGGAUCUGGCUCAAGUGGAUGUGGAUCUGGUUGUGGUGGGAGCGGAGGUUAUGGGGGACAUUCAGGAGCACAUGCUUUGGCUAAUGCUUCGGCCUCAGCAAGCGCCAGUAGCUACGGUUAA